CAUAACCUACGAGAAGUUUCUUUGAUUUUUUGUUAAUGAGAUUAAUAAAUAUUAGUCAUGAAUUUUUUAGAAGUCAAUCAAAAAGAAAUAAUUCUCGACACACCCAAUCGCGAUGAGAUUCUUAAUUCUGGUCCACCAGAGAACUCAAAGUGCAAUAUUCUUGGACGUGGUUCAUAUGGGGUCGUCUUCAAGGCAGUUUAUGCAGGCAAACAAGUGGCAGUGAAAAUUAUAAAAAAUGUUAAAAGUGAUGCAAUUUGUAAUGAAGCAAACAUUCUCCGUUGGCGCCAUCGGAAUAUAGUGCAGCUAUUUAAAAUCGAGGCGACUGCAAACUAUGGUAUUGUGAUAAUGGAACGAUUUCCAGGUCAAUGCCUUCAGUUCAUUCUCAACUCCAUGGAAAUUCCUCUUGAACAUAGGAUUCAUGUGGUUCUUGAUAUAGUCAAUGCCUUAGUAUUCUGUCAUAGGCGUAGAAUUUUACAUUUAGAUGUAAAGCCUCAAAAUGUUUUAGUAGCCGUUUCAACAAAGAUCGCAAAAAGAAGAAAAUAUGAUCGCAGCUAUGUUUGUAAGGUCUGUGAUUUUGGUUCUUCUGUCUCGUUGCAGGAAAACAAUCAAGUAGAAAACACUCGCAAACGUGUUCAAGGAACUGUUCGUUACAUGUCUCCAGAAGUAAUUCGGGAAGAUAUCAUUUCCACACCAGCUGAUGUUUACUCCUUGGGUAUUACAAUGUGGCAGCUAAAGUCACGACAACUACCUUACUCGUGGAUCGAGUGCAAUGAAAGUGUAGCUUAUCAAGUUGUUAAAAGCCACCUGAGGCCAAAUCAUAACUCUUCUAAAUCAAGUGAUGAUGUGAAUUUUAAAAUCGACUUAAGUCCACAUAAGAAUUGUCUAUGUGAUCAAUUUUCAUCGGAGAUUUCUUAUAGAACCCUUGAGCAAAUACGCUCAAGCUUACAUAAAACCAAAACGUUAUCGCCUUUUGCACCGAAAAACAACAACAUCUCUCUUCUAAACCGUAAAGUUCCUGAGAAGUUAAAAAGUCAAAUUUCUAAAAAUCUUAUUGAAAAGUUUCAAAACACAUUCACCGGUCUGAAGGAGAAUCUAUUGGCCGAUGAAACGAGUUGCAAUAUAUUGGAAAAUGAAUUCAAUAAUAUUGAAUUUCCAUUCAAAUCUUUAUUCAAAUCAAAGAAUAGUUCAAUUUCACCUAAAGCUGAGAAUUUAUAUGAAGAACUUUUUCAGUUGAGUUGGUCAAGCGACCCAGUGGAAAGACCAAGUGCAUUGGAAUUGAGGCAGAAGCUUGAACAUUUAAUUUUGAAAGCAAACUAAAGUUUAUUUUGUUUUGAGUUGUUU